AUGUCCAUCCACUUGCGCGCGCAGCUCUUUCUCAUCCGUCCGCAGUCGCUCAAGCUCAGCGGCCGUGCCAUCUCGACGACCAAAACGCUACAGAGUCGCUCGCGGUCGCUUGCGCUGCAUCUCCCGGCGCGAUCUCUUCCACAAAAGGCACACGUCGUUGUGGCUGGUGUUGUCACGAGUGCGUCGAUGCUGUUGCUGCACAAGGACUCUGCUUGGUGCCAGCCCGCGGACGGACCGUCCGACAGUGGCGACGGCAAGAAGCGGAAGAAGGCCGAUGACUCGGUGGACAAGAAGAUUGACGCGGUGCUGGGCAACUGCGGUGAGCUCACGCUGGCUGGCAGUCUGGGAUUCUGCUCGGGCUACGCGCUCAAGCUGGUGGGCAAAGCUGCAGCACUGGCCGUGGGCCUCGUGUUCAUUGUCGGGCAGGUGGCGGCCUACAAUGGCUACAUUGACAUCAAGUGGGGAAAGCUGCAGAAGGACGCAAUCGACAGGGUCGAUCCUAACGGGGACGGCAAGAUCGAUGGCGUCGAUCUCAAGCUGUGGUACCGCAGACUGCUUGCGAUCAUGAAGACCAAGCUCCCGUCGUCCGUGGGCUUCUCCAGUGGCUUCGCGCUCGGCAUCUACUGCUCGUAA